AUGACUGCACAUGGUGACAAGCAAGAUAUCUUUGCAAUGUCGCGUUGCAAUAAAACGGAGCCUGUGGAGGAGUGCCAGUUCAAGAACCAGACGUACCAGCGCGGCGACAGCUUCAAAGACGGCUGCGAGAGCGUCUGCACGUGCGGCGAGGCAGGGUCCAUCACCUGCAAACCCAGGUGCGCCCCGGUGAACAACACUGCGUCCGACAGCUGCGUGGCGCUGCCCGACCCUGCGGACCACUGCUGCACCGUGCUACGCUGCGACGUCACCCUGGCGGACCGCGACGUCAGCGAUGCUGGCGGCGAGGAGUGGGUGCGGCUGACGGGGGCGACGGCGCUGAACGCGACGGCGGCGCGCCUGGAGGUGCUGGGGGGCGCGCUGCCCGCGGGCGCCGUGCUGCAGGCGUCGUACGACGGCGGCGCCUCGUGGACGCGCGUGCCCAGCGACGGCGCCGUGGCGGCCGGCCUGCAGCCCGGGAAGGCCGUGCUGCUGCGCGCCGUCGCGGCCGGCGCGCCCUCCAACACGUGGCAGGUGACGCUGCCCGACGAGCCGCACCAACAUGCGAUGCCGGAGGCGAUGCCGGAGGGCGGAUGCGUGUACAAGGGCAGCAACUACUCGCGGGGCGAGGAGUUCCACGACGGCUGCAAGGCCUACUGCCAGUGCACGGAGCAGGGGGUACAGUGCGCUGACCUCGAGUGCCCGUCGGACUUCGGGCUGGACGUGCUGGACCCGCACUGCCUGCGCUGGGAGGUGCUGCCCGUGGGCUUCGAGCCGUCGCCGCCGCGCUGCUGCCCGGACAGCGUGCGCUGCGUGAGCAACGGCACGUGCGACUACGGGGGCGAGCGCUUCGCCAACUUCGCGCACAUCCCGGCGCGCCUCACGGGCUGCGAGCGCCGCUGCUACUGCGACGCCGGCAACGUCACGUGCCAGCCCGCGUGCCAGCCCAUGCCGGCCGCGCCUCCGCCCGACCUGGCGUGCGCGCCGCACGAGGCCCGCCUCGACCACGUGCCCGGCGACGACUGCUGCCUGUCAAAUACUUUCAUAUUGGCUGCUUUUACAGAUGUCCUCAAAAAAGACGACACGGCGCCCUACAGCGCGCCGCACACAGCCGGCCCCCCCACAAGACGUUCCGCCCGCUCCGCCCUUGCCCCCGCCCACGCCGUAAGAGCCGACAUGCCCGACUCGGGAGGACGCUGA